CUACGCUGGUCUUCACUGCGUCGUCAUCAAAGGUUACUCAAAAUCCGCAGGAUACCAACCCGGCGUGCGGUUUGAAGACAACCGGUUCAGAAACUCCUGGAACGCAGUUUAUGUAGCAGGAGCCUGGCGAUUCGUUCAAUGCAACUGGGGAGCAAGGCAUCUGGUCAAUGCCAAGGAAGCCCCUAAGGCCGGUAACAAAGCAAAAUCGGACAGUUUGAGGUACGAAUACGAUGACCAUUACUUCCUCACCGAUCCCAAAGAGUUCAUCUACGAAUUCUUCCCUCUACAGUCGGACUGGCAGCUUCUGAAGACCCCGAUUACCUUACAGGAGUUCGAGGAACUUCCCUUCGUUAGAUCGUUGUUUUUCCGAUACGGGCUCUACUUCUCCGAUCAGAAUACCAAGGCUGUCAUGUUCACGGAUUCAACAGGUGCAGCAACUGUGAGGAUAGCGAUGCCAAACCACAUGCAAGGAAGUCUUAUUUUCCACUACAACCUCAAAUUUUACGACAGUGACGGUGACAGCUACGACGGGGUAUCUCUUAAGAGAUUCGUGAUGCAG